AGACACUAAAAGAUUUUUUAAAGAUUACUCAUUUUACAAUAUCGAUAUUAGUAUCGUAGACAGUUCAACUCGAUUUUAAUCUCGAUGAGUGACACAUCACGUAGGUUGUUUUAUCGAUCGACUCGACACUAAAUGCCGCUUCAAAUUGAAAUGGCCGACGUUUAGGGGGAGUGUCUAGCGGAAAUUAAAAAUCUUAUUGAUAUAUUUACUUGAUUCUAAUAUCUUGUAUUUAGCGAAAGGCUUACAUUCCAAAUUUAGAAGACUGAUAAGUAUUUAUAAAGUGGCUGAAGAUGGCCUGGCGUUUUAAGGCAUCGAAGUAUAAGAAUGCGGCACCAAUUGUGCCUAAACCUGAGGCCUGCAUACGAGAUGUGUGUGUGGGAUCAUAUCAGACAUAUGGUAACAAUAUUUGUGCCUCCGCUGCAUUUAUGGCAUUCAACUGGGAACAUGUUGGAUCUAGUAUGGCUGUGUUACCGUUGGACGAUUGUGGAAGAAAGAGUAAGACAAUGCCUUUACUCCAUGCACACUCUGAUACAAUAACAGAUAUGGAAUUUUCUCCAUUCCAUGAUGGACUCCUAUUGACAGGCUCGCAAGACUCAUUGGUUAAAGUAUGGCACAUCCCUCAGGAAGGGUUGAAGGAAUCCCUUUCGACUCCGGAAUGCACAUUAUCACAGAAGCAACGGAGAGUGGAGAAUGUAGGCUUCCAUCCAGUAGCUGAUGGGCUUAUUCAUGUAGCGUCGGGAUACGAAUUGGCACUUUGGGAUUUAACGAAACAGAAGGAAGUAUUUGUGAACAAGGAUCAUGCGGAAGUAAUUCAAUCAACAUCAUGGAAGAAGGAUGGUCGUCUUCUAGCAACUUCUUGUAAAGACAAGAAGGUUCGCGUGCUGGACCCACGAGCACCGGAAGCUGUGCUCAGUGUUGCCAAUAGCCAUCAGAAUAUCAAGGAUAGUCGGGUUGUGUGGCUCGGAGACAAUGAUAGGAUACUUACUACUGGUUUCGAUUCAGCCCGUCUCCGUCAAGUGAUGAUACGAGAUAUUAGAAAUCUAUCAGAGACCCAGAAGACGUUGGAGUUGGACUGUUCCACUGGAAUCCUGAUGCCACUCUUCGAUCCUGACACCAAUAUGCUGUUCCUCGCUGGAAAGGGGGAUACGACUAUACUUUAUAUGGAGUUAACAGAUCGGGAACCAUAUUUAAUUGAGGGGUUGAGACAUUCCGGCGAGCAGACGAAGGGCGCAUGUUUGGUGCCGAAGCGCGCACUGCGCGUGAUGGAGGGCGAGGUAAACCGCGUGCUGCAGCUAGCGGGCUCCUCCGUAGUGCCCAUCAUGUACCAGGUGCCCAGGAAGAGUUAUAGAGAAUAUCACGCGGAUCUGUACCCGGAGACGAGCGGCGCGGUUACUUACGUGAACGCGGAGUUGUGGCUUCAGAGACAAGAGCGACCAGUUCCUAAUAUCUCCCUGCAUCCUGACCACAAUAACUGCACCCAGGUACACCGGGGGAAUUUAGAAGAAGUAGUCAAAACUAUCUUAGCAAUGCCUCCGUUAAAGAAAACGGAACCAAAACCCAUAGUAACACCGCAUAUUAUAGAAGAACCAGUAAUUCCUAAACCUCAACCAGUGGAAGAUAGAGAAGAUGAUAGAAUUGAUUUCGUCAACGUGAAAGAUAUGAUCAAAGGCAUGGAAAGACAAACAAUCGAACCAAAGGAAUACAAUAAAGAAACCAACGGUUUUCAUAAGAAGAUCACCGAUAAUCAUGAUUGUACAGAGAAAGAAGAUUGUGAUAAGACUGAAGAAUGUAUAGAGAAGGUAGAAGAAGAGAGUGUUUUAGAGAAGAAUGAUAGUUUAGACUCAACUGAAAGUCUAUCAAGGAGUAACAGUUUGAUAAAUGGUGUGCAAAUACAAGCCCCGAAGCCUUUGCCCAGGUCUUCGAUAUCUGAAGCCGGUUCUAUGGAUGAACAUUCCGAAGCCCCAAAACCUAAACCUAGAACUACUACUUCUGCUGUUGGAUAUAAGCCCCGGUUGGGUCCUAAGCCGUUCUCUGCUUCGUCUAGCAGUGAGGAGUUUUCGUUCGACAAAGUGUUCUCAGUGCCCGCGGUGCCUGGCUCCGUGACCAAGUCUGAUUCAAUGACGUCACCGGUAUCGGGUACUGCUGCGGGAACUCCCGCUAUCUCCACUCCUGUCGCAAAGGAGGAGGAGAAAGAGAAGUCUCUAUCUCCUACUAGCGAUGUUGAACCUGCCGCUAAAGAAGAAUACACGAAUGGCAAAUCAGAUACCAGUUUGGAGGAGGAAGUGAAUUCCUCCGACUCCGGCUACAGGCCGAAGACACCCAGCACCGCUGAGAGGAGGAAAAUGUUUGAAACUACCGAUGGCAAUCAAUCGAUAGCAGACCGUCGACGUGCGUACGAGUCUCGUUCAGUAAGCGUGGCCGCAGAGUCGGAAACCCCGCCUUCACCUGCACCACUUAGACGCAGAGACUCUCUAAAGUCCCGUAAAAGUCCGGAUCGCGAAGAAAAAAGAUCCUCAGUGCCCAAUGUCACUACUAAGAGAACUUCCACUGUAUUUGGCAAAGUAUCGAAAUUCCGUCACUUGAAGGGUACACCUGGACACAAGUCGACGCAUGUUGAGAAUAUUAAAAAUAUUAGUCGCCAGAUAUCCGGAGAGUCUAAUGGUUUCUACGCUAACGGCGUCCGUUGUGCGGUCCCAAUAUCCGGCGGGGGUGGUCGCGUGGGGAUAGUAGAGUUGCCCUGCGGCGCCACCCCCCGCGCGGCGGCGCCCCGCCCGCAUCCUUCGGGGCUGCACCCGCCCGCGCUGCUGCACGCCGCGCCCCUCACAGACUGCGCCUGGGACCCCUUCUGUGCGCAACGCCUGCUGGUCGCCUGUGAUGAUGGGAUCGUCAGGGAGUGGAUAUUACCAGAAAACGGGUUACAAGAAUCAACGAACGAACCUAACCGUACAUUCUCCGCGCAUCCUGACAAGAUUUACAUAGUGCGUUUCCACCCGACUGCGGCUGACCUGGUGGUGACCGCGGCUCACGACCUCACAGUGAAGUUGUGGGACCUCUCGCAGCAGGAACCUCAAGCUGCGAUCACCCUGACAGGACAUACAGACCAGAUCUUUGCAUUAGAUUGGUCUACUUGCGGGGAGUAUCUCGCUACCUUGUGCAAAGAUGGACUUAUACGGAUUUACAAGCCGCGCGAGUCGGUAGCGGCGCUUCGCAGUGGCGCGGGCCCGGCCGGCAGCCGCGGCGGCCGCGUCGUGUGGGCGCUCAGCGACACGCAUCUUGUAGUCACUGGAUUUGACAAGGUGUCGGAGCGCCAGAUCCUGCUGUACGCAGCGAGCGAGCUGGGCGCGCCGCUGUGCACGGUGGGGCUGGACGUGUCGCCCUUUUUAAUGUAUUUCCAGGGUGAUUCAACUAUCUACUGCUACGAGGUGACGUGCGAGCUGCCCUACCUGUGCGCGCUGUCGCACCACCGCGCGCACUCGCUGCACCAGGGCAUCGCCUUCCUGCACAAGAACCUCGUCGCUGUCGAAAAGGUGGAGUUUGCGAGGGCGUUGCGGUUAACAAAUGGAAAUAUCGAACCGCUGUCAUUUACUGUGCCUAGGAUAAAGAGCGAGUUGUUCCAAGACGACUUGUUCCCGCCGACGCUGGUGACGUGGGAGGCGUGGCAAAGCGCGCGCGACUGGCUGGCCGGCCGCCGCGCCGCGCCCCGCACCGCCUCGCUGCAGCCGCCCGGCAUGCUGCCGCUUUCGGAGCACACGCCGUCGCCGGGAUCACGAGACAAGCCUAAAGAGACUCAGAAACCGAAACCCGAUCUCAUCAAAUCUCACGUGCCUCUAGACAACAAGGAUAAGCAGGAUAGUAUUUUAAAAUCAAUGAGCGCCCGAGUUCAAGUUAACUUGAAGUUGGAACAGGACAGUAUGGAAGGAGUCGAUGAGUCGGAGUGGGACCAGUGAUUUUAUACUGUUGUACUCAGAGACGUUAAUGUUCACUUAACCCCUUAACUGUGAUUUUCCAAACAUUUCAAAAAUUAUAUUUCAUGCAAGAUCCGUAUAAUAAAGGGAAAACAAUAAAGAAAAAGUAGCAUCCAAAUUUAAAAAAAAAAUCAUAAAUGUUUUUUUUACUUUUUUUAAUUUUUUAACAUUUUUUAUUAUGAUAAACUAUAUCGUAUAUCGUUCAGAAAUUCAAAUUUUUGGUAAAAAUAAAUAAAAAUCGUAAGAUUUUUUAAAAUUCAAGUUUUUUGGAAUGUUUUUUUUACAGUGCCCAUCUAAGGGUUAACAUUAGUGAAGAAGUGAGCAAUAGCACUCUGAGUGUGAAUACUUUUAUAAACUGACCGAGACUUGAAGUUCGAUUUUUUAUCAAUUUAAGUGGUAAUGAAGUUUGCUAUUAUUUUUUUCAGUACUUUAAAUUACUGUAAUGAUUCUGAUUUUUGGUCUGGUCAGUAAAAUUUUCUUUAAUAUGUAUGACUAUAGUCUAAUAUAUCGACUAUUUAUUAAUUUUACUCUUAAACUAUAUCUGUUUUCAAUAGAAACUUAAAUAAUUCGGAAAUUGUUGAAAAUUUUAGUUUGAACCUAGUUUUUUUCUAUGUAUAUUUAGAUCCGUCUUUUAUAUACCAUAUCCUAUUCAACGUGUUAAUUGAACUUUAAGUAACAAUUUAAGACUAGUCUCGCUAAGGGCCGGAUUCUGAAACGAAAAUUAAACGUUAAGUACCGCUUACAAUCUGACAGAUGUCAAAUUUUAAUGGAAUGUAGGACGCAAACGCUUACAUAUUUAAAUGUUUUAGUAAUCGGUGAAACACUUAAACGAUACUUUAAUGCCUUUAUAUGUAAAAAAAAAUGACUCAUGUUUAGGACCCUCUGGGGUCCGUAAUUAUUUAAAAAAUCAUAAAAAAAUAUAAGAAUGGAUUUUUAAACUAAUAUUUUAAAAGGCGUUGAAAAAAGAUUCUCAAAUUUAAGUAAUUCCUAAUAAUGAUCUCAAUAACAGUGAGUUUCCAUUGACGUAACAUGUUUCAAUUUACUUUAAAACAUAUACAAUGUUCGAUAAAUGAAAACUCAGUAGGACCAAACAUUUAUGACAACUUAAUUUGCUCAUAUUAUAACAAACUUAAUAUAUAUAAAUAUACAUUAAUACCUAAUAUUGAGGGAAAUGUAACAAAAUUAUAAUAAUUUACUAGCCUUUUCUAACAUCUAUGUCAGAUAUUUAAGAAAUAUAUAGACCAGACAUAAACAAUUUUACCGGUAACUUCUUUGAAAGGUACUAUGUUAAGUGCCAUCUCGUAUUGUAUUGACAAUU